AUGCUGCGGAAUCUGCUGGCUCUUCGUCAGAUUUCCCAGAGGACCAUCACUACUGCUUCACGCAGGCAGAUUGAAAAUAAAGUUCGAGAGAAACAAAAGUUAUUUCAGGAAGACAAUGGAAUUCCAGUACAUCUCAAAGGUGGGGUAGCUGAUGCCCUCCUGUAUAGAGCUACCAUGAUUCUUACAGUUGGUGGAACAAUUUAUGCCUUGUAUCUGCUGGCUUUGGCUUCAUUUCCCAAGAAGCAGGAUUGA